CAAGACACAUGUGUUUACAUGUUUUUAUUUUUGUUUGGUGCAAUUUAAAAUAAAAUACACACUAUUAAAGUGACAAACAUGAAUAUCAGCACAGAUUUUAAGCCCGUGUUAACACGUGCGGCGCUUGCACUAAAGAAAUCCGAUGACAGCAGUGAAUUUAAAGCGCUCGUUUUUCAGGAGCCUCAACCGGGCAGCGCAACAAAUUCAACAGGCACAGACAAACCAGAGGAUCCAUCAAAACCUAAAUCUACUCAAGGCAAAACGGAGAAGCCAGCAGACAAUGAAUUCGACAUUAAGAAGGCACGCCAAGAAGUUCUCAACUUUGCCAGAUCCAAUCAGCGCACCAUCAAAAACAAACGCAAAAUGGAAAUAUUUCAACUGGUUAAACUUGGCGCCAAGCCACCAAAGAAACAGUACAAGAACUACAAGGAGCUGCAGGCGGAACGUAAACGUUUAAAGGAUAUACGUGAGGAUCGCAAGAAGUUCCAUCAGCUGGGUAAAAAUCAAGCGGGAGCCGCCAGUGUCAAGUGCAAGAGUAAAUAUAAGCAAAAUAAAACUGAAAAGAAACGUGCUCCUGUGGCUAAUAUUAGUCAACAUUACGGCAAGGCGCAGCCAAAGCUUAAAGAGAAGAAUUAAAGCAUUCUAGAUAAACAAAA